AUGCGCACGUCGUGGUUUUUAGCUGCAAGCAGCAACGAAUCUCCCGAAUACCAAAAACUUGCCGUCAAUGAGGGACUCGCAGAAGACAAGUCCGAGUACAAAUGGAAGUCUCGAUUUCAGGCAAUGACUGCAGUCUACGUUCUCACUACGCUUUGCCUUGUUGCAGUCUACAGUCUCCGCGCAAAGAGUAAGAUUGAAGUUGAGUGGGCUUUACCGUCAGAUGUCAUCUUUGGUCACAGUAAGGAACGGUCCUUCAUGUCCUACAGCGAUAUAUUCCCAGGCUCUGCCACGUCGAAUCUGGAAAAUGCAACGCUCUGGGACGCUUUACAGCCAAUUGGUGGAGGGUUGAUUGCAGUGUCUGAUCCCAGAAAGCUUGGGCUUGUCGGCGGGCUUCCUCUGGGGAAGGGAGCAGACGAGGAGAGGCCCCGUGAAGCAUACGGCAUCUCCAUGUUCCAUCAGAUUCAUUGUCUUGUGGCAAUCAGGACUGCUAUUCGAACUCGCACCUUUAAUGACCAGCAUCUCGACCACUGCCUCGACUACCUUCGACAAGCCAUCAUGUGCACAGGAGAUACAACUCUUGAAAUGGUUAUCAAAGACGACAGUGGGGAAUUCAAGGCUGAGAUUGAUGGUUGGGGCACUGUACACGAGUGCAGGAGUUGGCACAUGCUCUUUGAGUUUGCUGAGAGGCAGCGCGCGUGA